AUGGAAACCCCACCAAAUCCUCAAACCCCACCCAAUCAAACAGCAUCAAAUAUAAAUAUUAAUAAUUCUAAUAAAACACAAAAAAUUGAUCCAUAUGCAUUCCGUAAAACCAUUCAAGUGGAACCACCAAAAUAUACCCCAGCAUUAUCACCAUUAAAAUUCAAAAUUAUUACCACUUUGGUUUGCACAACUUCAUUUUAUUUAUGUUGCAUCUCAGAAUUUGGUGAUCAUAAUGAUAAUAACAAUAAUACUGUUACAAGUGGUUUUAGAAAAUGGCACGAUAAAGUUUUAUCAGAUUUAUUAGGUUUUAAUGUAAGAGAAAAAAUUAGAUCAAUCGAAAAAUCAUUUUUUAAAAUUAAAGAUUCAACAGGUAAUAUAGUUGGAGAUUUAUCAAGUGCUAUUAAAAUCAAAAGCCCAAAUAAUAUAGAGGAUGAAAGAAGAGAAAAAGAAAGAGAAAAAGAAUUAGAAAGACAAAAGGAAAAAGAAAAUAUCUUUUUAAAAGCAGUAACUGGAUCAAGCACAAUUAAACGUACACCAGUAAAUUAUAACUCUCAAAAAGAAAGAAUUCAACAACUUCAACAAGAAAAUAAUAAAAGAGAAAAAGAAUUAGAAUUAGAAAUAGAAAAAGAAAUUGAAAGACACUUAAAAAUAAGAGAAGAGAUUGAAAAUAAUAGAAAAAAAUAA